CCAUAUUUUCUAGAGGAAACAAACUUUUAAUAUCAGGAACUCUCUAUGUUAAAAAGCAGACCGGCCUGUGGGGGACAAAACCAGCACUUUAUUACUGGGCGAACAUGACACUGCAAAAGUAUGUUUACCAUGCUGAGUAUCAGAUGGUUGUGUUAUAAAUAGGACACACGGCUUCCUUCACUUUGACAGAGAGAUUUGCUGUAGACCCUACAAUUUAUUUUAUACAACCCUUAUACUCCCCCGCCCCCCGUAAGAUGUCUAGGGAUACUUUCCCCUUCACUUCUGGAACUUUACGAUCUCUUGAAAGACAGAAAGAACAAUUGGAAUGUCAAGAUCGUCAAAGAGCCGUCAGCAGGGAGUAUCUUACCCGUAAAGUUCUGACUCCUAGCCGGGCAGUCCGUCCCUCGAUGUCUCGGAGACACCUGUACUGUAGAGAUGCUGCCAUUCACAAUGCCCUUUACACAGGAGAUAUUGAAAGGCUUAAGGGGAUAUUCAGGGAAGACGGAUCAGCAGAAGUCCUGGUAGAGACAGUAAGCGAGGAGCUACAAUGGUCUCCAGAUGUGGGUAAGAAGUGAAAUUGGGUUUGGCAUUCAAUGUUUGGUACUGAAACCCACAAGUCAGUCACUAUUGAGAAGUUUUCAUAAAACCCUGGCUUUAUUUUACUUAGUCCUCGGUUUUAUUAUCUUUCAAAUAAUUGAAUAUUUUUGGAUAAACUUUUUUCAGAAAUGGUUUCAAUAUAUAAAAAUAUAAAACGAAUCAUAUAUAGAUAAAUAUAUAUAUUUUAAAAAAAUCAAAAUAUGAAAUCAUUUAAAAAGUGUAUCCAAAAUGAUUAACUUGAGGCCUUAAUGAGAUUUAAAAUGGUACGAAUCUAUAUUUUAUAUAUUGUUUCUAUAUAUUUUUACUGUAUGCAGUUGAAACUCUAAUUCUGUUGACGUUUCCAAGAGAAAUAAAAAUUGUCAGUACUCCCUUUCGCAACUGCAUCCAGUUGGAUAUAAUGGUUUCAAACUGUUACACUUGGCUUGAGUUCCUCAACCAAAGCCUGAAUUUGCACAAGAUAAUUCAUGUUUAUUUAGUUGCUCGUUACUAAGUUGAACCCAGUUCAAACCUGGUGGGACCUAAUGAACUUGAUAAGGACACGCUUCUCAAUAAGACUUUUCUGGAGACAUUGGCAAACCAAGUCAUAGGGGCAUGAACUGUAAAACUGUUACAUACCUCUUCGGCUAAAACGUGAUAUUGUCAACUAAUGAUCCUGUCUGUUCCCGGAAUGUUUACUUUACUGAGAGAAGCCGGUCUACACCAGAGUUCUAAAUUGCAAGUCCUACACUAUUAGACAGGCAUAAAGGUUACUCGCUAUUUGCAAGCCUAGAGGGACCAUGAAACACCCAUCAGGGGGGAAUUUUUUACUUGCUAGGGCUGAAUUUUCACUUGCCAGUUGGCGAAUGGUAAUUCUGAGUCUUGGUUUACACUGUAAAUAUAGUAUUUUCAAAAUUAUUAGUAUUUAAAAAUUUACAACAAACCUAUUUGUUGAUGGUAAAUUAAAUGAGAAAUGAAUAGGUUAAAAAAAAUGCAUUAGACACACAGCUUGAGAAUAAUCCUCUUUGGCAGCUUGUCUGUGAAAUGCAUUGGAUGGGCUGUGGGAGCGUGACCUCAUACUUAAGGUCAGAGAGAUGAAGAUUGUCUGCUAAUGUAACUUGCAGAUGGAUCCAGAAUGUUCUGAAUCUUCAUUGACACGGAGCAGAACCGAACACUGCCUCUGGGCCUCUAUACUGCAUGAUAUCCAGUCAGUGGGCUGGUACAGAGGCGUAACUAGAAACCACAGGGCCCCGGUGCAAAAAUUGUCCUGGGCCCCCACACCCAUGCGUCUACCUCCCACCCCACAUGUCCCCGUCCCCAUACAUUGACCCCCCCACCCCAAACAUCCAUGCCCCCACACAUGCAGAAAAACAGAUACACACGCAUGUGGACACACAUACAUACAGACACACAUACAUACAUAUAUACACACACACACAGGCACGUACAUAGACACACAUACAUACAGACACACACACACCCAUAUAUACUGAUACAGACAUUCUCUAUCACACACACAAACUGUUAAAAAAAAAAUUGUGACUUACCUGUGGUCCAGUGGCUGCCUCAUGCUGAUGUGAGUCAGAGCUCCCACUCUGACUCCCUCCUCUCCUCGUGCGCGGUGCUCUGUUGGCUGGGAGGAAGUGACAGCUGACAUCUUCACUCGGGCCCGGUCGCGCCUUUUAAGCCCUGCAGCGCUGACCGCGCCCCAGGAAAUCCAUUGCCGUCAGGUGUCCCCAGAAGCAUGGACCACCUGAUGGGCUCCUUCAAAGCGGGAAAGGCGUUUUUUCUGCACAGUUGGGUCGCACCAAAAUGCUGGGGGGCACUCCCCCUGGAGUGAUGUGGCCAGUCACAGCUGCAACCGCGGUAGUUCCGCCAGUGGGCUGGUGAGAUAGGGGCAGAGUCCUCUCAAGGCUUACAUACUCCUGUUUCAUUUCUUGCAGAGUCAUCUGAGCUCUUCAUCUUUCCAUUGAAUUGGGUAAUAGCACCUAACUGAAAGAAUUGCAUUAAUCAGAUAAUUGCCAAUGUAUCCUUCCUGGUAGAACAUUUAGUUUUAGAAUUAUUAUUACUUAAAAUUAUGUGUUAUUUUAAUUUGUCUGUUUUUGGCUUAUUUUCAUAUUAUUGUCAAUAUUACUGAUUUUUUCGGGGGGGGGGGUUUCUCUUCCUGCUUGCAGUUUCAGCGAAUAUAUUGAUUUCACCUGUCAUCAGAAUUUUUUCUAUUAUAAGAACCCUUGCAGCAUGUGAUGAAAAGAAGUGGUGUUUUUUUUUUAAGUAUAUAUAAAAAUACCUGAAAAUCUUGCCCCUACUUUCCCUAGAUCCCUCUGCCAUAUUGAUACACCUUCGGUCGGACUGAGGUAGAAUCUGACCGUUAGGCUCCUGCUUCACUCCAUGCCCUGUGUGCUCUUCUAACCAAAGUUGUAGCAAGGUUAUUCCCUAUAUAGUGCAUUUUGUCUGAAUGGACAAAAUCUGGUGAACACGACUGAAUCCCGGCCACAUUGGCAAUUCAAAUACAUACUAAAGCCAAAUGGGGUCAGAAUUCGGUUGUUUUGUAACAUUGGGCCAGAUGAGUUCGAAAAAACCUACAGUAUCAGAAUUGCAGAUUUAUCAACGACAGCAUGGUGGCCAGUGAUAAGCCGCAUGCGUCCAACAGGUUUCCUGUUCACAAAUGAUCAUUUACUUGUUAUUUUCCAGUGAAAGAUAAUUUGAAGAACUGCUUGCCCACUGACAGCAAAUAGUGAAACACCCUCGGCAGCGCCAGGGUUAAUUAUGUGGUGGCUAGUCAGCGUUUGCUUGCCGGCCGCCACAUGGAAAAAGAUAAAACAAUAAAUAAAAAUCGUAUGGGGGCUUCAAUUUUUGGAUACUUUAUAUAUAUUUUGAAAAAAAAAUAUUUUAAAAGUUUAUCAAAAAUUAUUAAAUCAUUUAAAAUGUUUAGCCAAAUAUAUAAAUCGUGGACUGUGGGAAAGCAUUGUGAUUGGCUUUGAUCAACACUUCUGAUGAUCAACACUUCAUUAGAAGUGUUGAUCAAAGCCAAUCACAGUGCUUUCCCAUAGUCAGCCAAGCAGGCAGAUUAAGGACAGAGCCUGCAGCAGCAGACUGGAAUAAAAGUAAGAGUUUACUAUAUUUAGGGUGAUCAUGGGGGCUAGAUGGUGUUUUUAACACUAUAAGGUAAGGAAAAAUAUGCUCAUUUGGCUGUUUGAUGUGGGAAGAAGUGUUCUCAGUACUAUACUGGUAUUGAGAUGGUCUUAGGGACCUCCACAAAUGUAUUUAGCAUCUCACUUCCUCCAUACGGAAUAUUUUCUUUAAAGGGGGAGCAUUUGCGGGUGGGCCUCGUGCUAUGUGUGAACUUGUGUAUGUUUUUAUUUAUUAAUAUAUCUGUGAGAACUUAUUUAUUAUUAUAUAUUACAUUAUAUUAUUAUACUUAAUAUUAUAAUUAAACUAAUAUUUUUAGGAUUCCAAAAUAAUUCCACAUUAUAGCCAAAUCCUGGUGUGAGUAAUAGGAAUUCCUAGUAGUACUUACGGUUGCUGGCAAAAAUUUAUCCCUGAAUGUGAGAGUAACUGCAACUUAUACCUACAGGAGUCUGGACUCUGACCCCCAAAAAGUUUCACACUUCCCCCCUACGUAUCACUGCUGGACGAGGAUACGCAGAUUGUGUUCGCCUCCUAGUGAAUAGAGGAGCUGACCCUAACGCUAAAGCAGGAGGUCGGGGGGCACUACAUGACUCCUCUGAGAGUCACCAUGCUGAGUGUACGCGUCUUUUACUGACCCGGGGGGCUGAUCCCAAUCUUAUGGAUGAAGAUGGUCGAGCACCCCUCCAUCUCUGUACUACCCCGGAGACAUAUGAGUAGGUACUCAGUCAAAUGACUAUUAUCCUUGAAUAGUUUGUAGGAUGCUAUCUAAAUGUUGAGGUAGUAGGCAUAGUUGACAAUGGAUGGCAUUAUAGCAUUGGCAAAGCAAAAUCUAAGAAGUCGAAAGUUGGUUAGACUGGCACUGUUCCUAAAUUAACUCACUAGACUAAAAAUUGAGUGAUAUUAUAGAUGACUUGUUCUGUGUUCAAUAAUCGACAAUUCGUGGAGUCAUUUGAUUACUCCCUAUUCUAGAAAAUACAUUUGAAGGCCAGUUAUAUAAAAAUGAUAAAUAAAUGUGGGCUUUGUAUUGUAUGUAUACUUGGAUCUAACUCACCAUUUCCUGCAAAAUUUCAGAUGUGCAAAGUUACUACUGGAGUAUGGGGCCUACGUGAAUCUUCCUUGUCACUACACGCGAGUCACCCCACUGCAUAUAGCGUCUGCAAGAGGCCUAGAACAACAUGUUUCUCUCUAUCUGAGCCUUGAUGCUAAUCCUUCGGCCCUCAACAGGGAAGGUGAAACACCACUUAACGCCGCUUGUGCCGCCUCAGAUUCUCCACAGCACUUUGGUCGUUAUUACAGAGUGGCGGAAAUGCUUCUCAAAUCCGGUGGAAAUCCUGGUACCCCAGGAAAGAAAGGACACGGACCUUUACACAAUGCCAGUGCCAACUGUCAUUUUAGACUGGCACAAAUGCUGUUAGACCAUGGGGCAUCUGCGAAUGUGACCAACAGUGCUGGAUACAAUCCCCUGGACUGUGCCCUACAAGUAUGCACUGAUUAUCCAGAAUGCCAGCCCCACCAGCUAGUAAGAACUCUGCUUAACCAUGGAGCCAAUCCUCCAGGUGCCAAGGUUAGUAGAGACCUUGGUUUGACUUUGGUUUAACUGAUAAUGAUGUUCAACCCACAUAUCAGUGAACUUGUUAUCAAUAAGUUAAAGGAUAUUUAUUUGUGGCCAAAAAUUACCCAUAUCUACUAAUCGGGGCACAGAUAAUUGCAUGGCCAAAAGGAAACAUUUCCAAGUGUGUCUUCAAUAUAAUUUCAACAUCUUGGGCUAUUUGAGGGUCAUUUAUACACAGUUUGGUGAAUCUAAGACAGUAUGCCAUCAUAUUUUAUUGUAGACACCAUUGCAACCAUAUAACCACAAUACAGUUCUGCUUUCCACAUUAGAAGUAGCCUUUUGAAAAUGUAAACAGUACAUGGUGGUAGACAUGUGUGAAUUACUUACCUUGGCCAUUAAUGGCCGUAUAUUUUAUGUUUUCUGCACACAGCUAACAUUUUUAAAUUCUCUUCUCUGACCACUCAUAAAGAACACUGAAGCGAUAGGAAUGGAAAGCUGUACAUCCAAUGUUUUAGUGUCCCCGUCCCUAGUUAUAUAAACCAGCACCCCCAUUUGUCUCGUAACAAUAACAAAAUAUAGUUUUACUUACUGGUUUACAGCGCUGAGGCUCCCUCAGCGCUGCCCACCGCUCUUUCUCCUACGACAUCAUGGACUAGGCAUGGCCUUCCCUGGCAUGGUCCAAUACAAUGAACCUGACAGUGGCUUAUGGCAGUGUUUUAUCUUGAAGGGUUAAAUUGACAGGACCACUGCACCCAGGCCACAUCGGUGAGAUUAAGUAGCCUGGGUGAUUUUAGUAGUCCUUUAAAUAAAUAGUGGACAGGUGAAUAAUUCCUGUACUGAUCUCUUACUUGACAAUGGAAUGUUGAAAAUAUUGUUCUACACCACAUCUGAAACAGAAAGUUGGCUUGGUGGUACAGGAGGAGAUGUAGAGCAGACCGAGGCCUAGGACUUCCAUAUGAAACGUAGAGGGAAGAAGACAGUAGGAUGCAUUCCUUCUUUAGAAGAUGGUUUGUUAAAACAGAACUGUCACUUCUCUGGAAAUUAUACGAAUGAAUAAUCAUUGAAAAUAACCUAUAAAAUGUUAUAUAUAUAUAUAUUUUUUUGGAACAUCUCAAUCCAGUUCAGUGGAGGCACAGGUAUGGCACACAAUGCAAAUGAUGAGGUGAAUAUUUUUUUUCGUUUCAGUUUCUCCUCUUCCACUAACUAUGUUCAACUGCAGAAAAGGGCAAAAUGAAUAACAAUGAAGACAAGGUGUAGGCGUAAAGUUCCAAGACAGAUGUGUCUACAUUUACAUCUACAUUUACAGUGCUAUUUACUAAACAUAUUUUCUGGAAUAGCUCCCUUUUUAAGCUAGAAUAGAUGAUGGAGAGGCUUGCUAGUGUGGAUAGCGGAAAAUUGAAAAAAAGUAAUAGCUAGAGAAGGCAACAUGUGGGCAUUCAUCUUUGUAUGAAAUGAAUAUUUAAAUGACUUCAUACAAACCAUUGGAUGGAAAUCUAUUCAUAAACUGGACUAUACAUGUCACACAUUUAAACUGGAAGAAAGGAGAUUUAGUCUAAGGCAAAGAAAAGGGUCUUUUACAGUAAGAACAAAAAGGAUGUGGAAUUCUCUUCCUGAAGACGUGGUUUUAUCAGAGUCUGUACAGAUGUUUAAACAGCAACUGGAUUAAUACUUGCAAAAACAUAAUAUUCAUUACAUUUUAAUUUGUUAGUUAUAACUUCUUCUUGAACCAAGGAGAGCUCUGACUGCCAUUCUGGGGUCAGAAGAAUUUUAAUCCUAGUUUGUCACAAAAAAAAACCAACCCAGUUUGAAGCACUUUACGAUUUUGCAACAAACUAGGGGGAAAAAAUCCUUCUUGACCCCAGAAUGGCAGUCAGAUCUCUCCUUAGAUUUAAGAAGCUAUUUUCAAAUGAUUUAUUAUUUUGGAAAAACUUAUUAAAAUAUAUUUGAUAUACUGAUUUAUACAUAUAUAAAUCAGUAUAGCAAAAAAUAUCAAAAUAGAUAAGAUAGUUUUCAAAAUAUUAUUAUUUUAUUUGAACUGUUUAUCCAAAAAUAUUACAUCGAGACAUAUGUAAGAAAUGAAUAGUUGCAAUAAAAUUAAUUAAUAAAUGUGUCUGACGUGCGUAUAAAUAUUUUGUUUUAGAUGUGGAAGUUCUGUGCUGCCUGCCCUCUAGCUUUUGAGAUUCUCCUAAACUCCUAUGACCGGAUUCCUCUUGGAGAUGCAUGGGUGGAAGCUGUGCCUGCUGAAAUUUGGGAGGUAAUUUAUAGCACCUAUUUUGCUACUGCACUGAAUCCUACUAACCUUCACCUUAAAUGGUAUCUGUCAUGACAAAUACAACUUACUCUUAAAUGAUUGUGGCAGCCUACACACAGGGGACCUGAAUGGCACACCUUUACACUUAGGUCCCCUACAAGAGGUCCCCAGGAGAACAAUAGCUAUUUCACAAUACCUGGCGCCUAGGUGUAAGUACUUGAUUAGAUCAUUUUAUUAGCGGCCACAUACCUCAAUGCGGAAUAACAAUUUUAACAUACAAACUGGGUUACCGUGCACGUUUACACAAACCAUUGCCAUCCCCGGAUAGCUCUCCCGGUGCGUCUACUUUGCCCAAAAAGUGCUUGGUUUGCAGGUGCCUAGCCCUAGCAGUCCGGAUGUAAAGUUUGAACAGGCCGUGAGCAUCCUCUGAUCCAGCAUAGAGUUCCAGAGUGCUGGGUGGAAAGUCGCUCUCACUGCUCAAUUUGUUGCCAUUUAGGAGUUAAAUCACUUUGUUUUGUUUAUGCAGCCCUAGGCACACCUCGUUGCAUGUGACUUGCAUAGCCUUCCUAAACACUUCCUGUAAAGAGUAAUCUAAUGUUUACACUUCCUUUAUUGCAAAUUCUGUUUAAUUUAGAAUGUCUUAUCUCAUGCUCUAUUAAUAGCUAGAUCCUGCAGGAGUCUGCUGUAUGUCAUUAAAGUUCAAUUUAGAGAGAAGGAGAUAAAAACUUUUAAAGCUACUAUCUUACUGAAAAUGAAACGAUUGUUUUUUGCUUGCAGGCUGUGUCAUCAGGGCUGCGUAACAGAAACAAAAAUUAUUUAACUCCCCUGGUUGAAAAGGUGAUUUUACUUAACUUUCUCCAGCCCCAUGUGGAUCUUCUCGGGGCUGGCACCACCCCCCUGGCUGAGAUCAUCAAACUUGAUGACUUCAGCCAAUACCAUAGGAAAGCACUGGGAGAUUAUUGUCCAUGCACAGCAAAAAGAGGUGUCCCUAGGCAGUAAUGCUAUAGACAAUACAGACACCAGAAUAACUACAUAAAGAUGUAGUUGUUCUGGUGACUAAAGUGUCCCUUUAAGUCAACUUCUAUGCCCAGAAUUAUUCUCUCUCUCCUAUCCACUAAUGCCCUCUCAUAAUUUAUCAUCUGUUAAUUUUCUUCUUUCUUUGCAGGAGCAUCGUACGUUUUAUGAGUCUGUCUUGAACGCUUCAAAUCAACCGCGUCCUUUACAGCAUCUUGCACGCUGCACACUAAGAAAGCACUUUGCUGGACAGUGCCACAAGGCAUUCCCAGACCUCGGUUUACCCCCUGGCCUCACUGCUUACCUUCUACUGCAGCCUGAAGGCACCAUCCAUUAAAUAGAGAAAUAAUAUGCAUGUUACUAUCUAGACGAGUAUUACUUUGCAAUUAGAGUAUAUAUAUCACAUAGAACACUUGCAGCUAAUGAGUGAUCAUAUAUUUCAUGCCUGAGGCUCUUGGUUAUAACAUGUUUGUAGUCCCCAGUUCAAUAUGUAGUUCUCUAAAAGUUUUAGUCGGUGGAAAUAACGGUGAGAACUCAUUAAUUAUUUUUAUUAUUUCUCCUAUAUAAGAAAACUAAACAAAAAAAAGGGUGAGUCUCAGCUUUAAAAAAUGCAAUGUUUAAUAGAUAAGAAACAGAAAAGGCAAUGCCACAACAGAAAAGAAAGCGGAUUACUUUAACCACUGUAAAUGCACAUACAAAGAUGUCUAUUCAAUAAACUCUGAUCUGCAGAAAAUUAAAAUAUGUGUGGCAAAAAAAGGCUUACCAGGAAACAUGCUCAGCUAUAGUCACUGUAUUAGCUUUUGGGAUUUUAAACUGCUAUAAUUUGGAGUUUGGUGAAAAGAAAAAAAAACUCAUAUAUUGCACCAGGGAAAAAGCAACAAGUUAAAACACAGGGUGAUCACACAUGGAUCACACAGACUUUCUGGGGUUAUUUACUAAUCACCGCAAUUUUGAGAAAAAUACUAACUGAGCUAUUGUCCCAGCUUGACUAUGUUAGCCAAAAUGUUACAUUUCGGUUUUAAUGUCACAAUUUGGUGAACAGAUACCUAUGUGUUUUACUGGGCAUAAGGCAUGCACUUUAAUGGAUUCCGGGCAGACAGAAUGCACGCCAGAGCUGGUAUUUAUAUGCACAGAGCUGACGUGCUCAUUGGUGAUAUGAGUGUAGCAAAGAUCAUGCACCAAAAUCACAUAUAUCGAAUGUUAUUUAUGUUAUAGUUUGGGACACUAUAGGCACCCAGACCACUUCAGCUCAUUGAAAUGAUCUGGGUGCAUAUUCCCAGGUCCCUCAACCCUAAAGCCACUAGACGAAUUUCCGGGUCGUUAGGCAACUUUUGAUCGCCUAACUGACGCUGGACAUCCUCAUGCAAUGCAUGAGCACAUCCAGUGUCACCCGAAAGCCCAUAGGAAAGCAUCGUAUAAUGCUUUCCUAUGGUGCUGUCCUAAUGCGAGCACAGUCAUUGCCACACAUGCGCAUUUGAUCUUCCUCUGCCGGCUGACGUUGGAGGGGCAAAGGCGGACCCUGAGCAAGCGCACAGGGACAUUGGCGAUGGAACAAGGUAAGUGACAGAAGGGGUGUGUAACGGAACGCCUGGCACCCCGACCGGGUACCUUCCACUGACGGAUGCUCCUAGUGCUUUCCGAGGUCUCCAAGCACUCCACCAGACACCAUAACCACCGCAGACCCGACAAACCGCCGCAGCUUGGUUGGGGUCUCGUCGUCUCCUACCCACCCUGGACCCAAGACCAGGGUCCAGCUCCCAGUGGGUAGACUUCUCUUAAAUCCAGACAGCAGGAACAGGAACAAGCUCUUACCAGAGCUUAGUGAUUAUACCCUGGGGAGUAUAGUGAUUAUAGCAAUCCCCAGAGUGUAGGUAGUUCUCCAAUCCCCCAAACAUGAGCCGAAACUUCAUGAAGGUGCAAGAUGAUCUGUUUAAUGAGCACAAAGGCAUUCCUUUUAUACACAUUUCAGGCCAGAGGACCACCCCCUGGACCUAGUGGUAAACUGGUACAAAAGGGACACAAACCAAUGGGAACAAUAAUUAACACAGUAACACUCCCACAUACACAGUAAAAUCCCUCCCCUCUAUCCUGGAGAUAAUUGGCUUAAGUGGCUGUAGUAAACUCAAUUAUCUCCAGGUACAGAAAAUAUUCCUUAGUUAAAACUGUAACGAAAACACAUUAAAAUACAUAACUUAUGUUUCACAGAACUGAACCCCCACAUGUGACUAUAUCCCCAUAUAGCUUGGAUCUGAGUGCCCAAUAUAUCCGAACAGAGCUCAGAUCCCACGAACAUAGUCAAAUUGCCAUGGGUUAAACAAUAGCAAGGGCUGAUGGGAGAUUGAGGAGAGACAAAGCAGCCAGUUUCAACUGGUCUGGCAGUGUCCCUGGGACAACGCCUUGCUGGAGAACAAUAGGAGAGGAAAAAGGGGGAGUGGAAGAGGCACAUUUUCCCAUGGAAGUCACUUUUUAGCCUGUCUUUUUGCAGGGCCCAUAGUCUUGGGGCAAGAGGCUGGCAAGCAGUCCUCUCCAAAUCCUAGUGACAUAGGUGCUUUCGUCACAGGGUGUUUAACCCCUUCUGCACCAUGGGGGGUGGGGCAUGCUCUGGUAUGAAGAGCGUGAGGUGGAAUAAUCCCCAUAAUAAUAAUCCACAAUGAUACUAUGAUUUCUAUACUUGAUACUGCCUUUGUACCGUAUGUAUAUUCUAUUUUACCUUUUGCGCUGAUCACCUCCGAUAUUUUAUCUUACAUUCACAUAUGUCCUGUCUCUGAACAUGGGCUAGUACAGUGCAACAUUACACAUCAACUAGAAGUAUAUUCCAUUGAUUUCCACGAUGAUUCUUUAGAACGUUGACCCUCGAAUUGCUCUUUUUACCCAAACGCCCAACGUAGGGCUUUUAUUUAGCAAUACUUACAAUGGUUUAAAUUGAAUUGGAUCAUCUAAUUUGAACUGCCAAGAAAUUGACAAAUUUUGAACUGGCUUUUUCAUUUGUUAAAAUUUUUUGUCUUAAAACAGAUCUUCAUAAUAAAAAUGUAAACAGCAUAGCUGUGAUUAAUUUCUUAAAAAAUAAAUCUAUCAACUCUAAC